GAAUAAUCGAGUAAAGAUGGCAGCCUCUAGUGAUAAACAAGACAGUGCUGUGGUACUUUCUUGUGUUUUCUUUUUAGAUAGUCCUUGAUACUGUUAUUUUUAAGAAUUUUUGUAUACCUUGAUACUAUAAGCAUCUGAACCUUAAAAAGUAUGGGUAUUUUUUGCGUGUGUUCAUUGAUAAUCGUAGUUAACAGCCUAUGGAUAAUGACAUGGGUCAGAAUUUAGAAUGCAAUCUCAGCGAGAUUCGUCGAGGCUUCAUAUUUGGACUGGUGCCUCAUUUAGUACAGAAAACUGUGUCUGGAGGUACAGAACUUUCUAAAGACGCCUUCAAAUAGAUUGAUUAAAAUUUACACAGUUUGCAUGUUUAAGUAUUGUUUUUAUUUCAUUCUGAAAGGCUUUGUGUAAAGCAUUGUCAUUCAGAGAGUUCUGUACCUCCAUUUCUGUACUAAGUGAUAGUACAAACUAAUAUGUACAUAUGGUGUGACUGUUUUGACCGAGUGAAGCAUGAAAUGGUCAUUGCUCGGUAUUGUAUACGGAACUUUCGGGAUGUGCGUUUAUACACCACGGUCACAUGAUAGUAAGCAAUUGUAGGGCAAAGUUGACAUUGAUAUAACUGGUGUUUUGUUAGCAGACGGUCCGUAAAGAGCUAUGUGCAGUCCCACGAUGACGAUCCAAGUCACUAUUGGUGCUUAGUACCUGGGUGUAAAUUAGAUGGAAGGAAAAAGGCGCAUUUAGACACGUAUCUAAACACCGCUACAAAAAUAAUUAUACCAUUCAUUUUGAACAAAUUGAUUUUUUAAAUUACAAAUUGAGUACCUUUAGAGCCUUGCUUCGCGGACAGACUAUCGGAACUACUCAGUUUUGAGAAGGUAUAGAAUUAAAUGGUGGCUAUUUGCAACGGCAUCGAAAAUAACCAACUUGAUUUACUGUGGGAUUUACACUAUGUAAAGAUGGAGUUUGCAGUAAAUAUGACAUGUGAGGGAUGUGUUAAAUCUGUGAAGAAUUCACUUCAAGGAGUAGAUGGUGUGAAGUCUGUGGAUGUAAACUUGGGAACAGACCAAGUUAUUAUUGAGAGCACCUUGACCUCCAAACAAAUUCAAAGCUUGAUAGAGAAGACAGGAAAGACUGCAGUUCUUCAGGGAUAUGGAUCAUUGAAUCAAACUCCAUUAGAGUCCGGUGUAGUUGAGUUGAAUACUGGUGAUAACAAAAUCCAAGGAGUCAUACGAUUGGUCCAAUCAAAUCCAUCCAAAUGCAUCAUUGAUGGUACCAUUGAUGGAUUACCAAAAGGAAGACACAGGCUUUUUAUCCAUGAAUUAGGAGAUGUCUCUCAAGGAUGUGACAGUUGUGGAGACAUUCUUGGGAGACUGAGUCCUGAAACAGAGAAGCCUAUGGGUGAUAUAGGAGAAAUUGAUGUUGCAGCCAAUGGCAGAGCAGAUUUCAGAUUGACCAAUGAAAGAUUAAAAGUGUGGGACAUGAUAGGAAGAUCUAUAGUGGUCCAUCAAGGGUCACAAGAAGGUUUAAUUCCAAAGAUUCAAAAAAAGCUUUCAUGUGGAAUAAUUGCAAGGUCUGCAGGACUCUUUCAGAACUCGGAGAAGAAAAUCUGCACAUGUGAUGGUGUGACAAUUUGGGAGGAGAGAUACGUUCCUGCUGCAGGCGUAGGACGUAAAUCCAAAAUAUGACAGUACUAUUUGGAAAACAUUUUGCACUGCUUUGGCACUGAUCUAUCAAAAAUUCUUAAAUCAAAGAUAUGAUUCAUUUUCACAAAAACAUUUGGGUUACUUGGGACUUAUUUCAAUUGAAAAGGAACUUCAACCGUGAUUUUAUGCUUUCAAUUCAGAAAUACACCAGUACAUCAUAUUAGUAAGCAGAAGUGUACAUUGUGUAUUUGCUCAUUGCAUUCAUGCUUAUUUGGUCAGUUUGAUAUUUUAAGCUGCAGUUCUCUUGAUUUAUUUUUAUAUUAUUUUGUCAUUUGAUUUUCAUGGGUAUUUAAAUAUCUUUAAUGCCUCCGUAAAUGGAGAUUUGGGGGCAUAUAGUUUUUGGUCUGUCUGUUUAUCUGUUUGUUCGCAAAACUUCUAACCUUGCCCAUGACUUUUGAAUGGUUAGUGUUAGAGCUUUCAUAGUCCAUAUGUGUAUUCCUUUUGACAGGACCUUUGAUUUUGUACCUAACUUUUUGAUCUGAUUACCUUGGAUUUUGAACCCAUUUUGAAAAAAACUUUAAUCUAGGCCAUAUCUUUUGAAGGGUCAGUGAUAAGGCUUUCAUAUUUCACACUUGUAUCCCUUUUGAUAAGACCUUAUUUGUAGUACCAAAAUUUUUGAUCUCAUGGCCUUGACCUGCAAGUUUGACCUACUUUUGACAAACAUUAACUAGGCCAUAACUUUUGAAUGGUUGGUGAUAGGGCAUUCAUAUUCUGCAUGUGUAGUCCUUGUGACAAGACCUUUCUUUGGGUACCAGAAUGACUUUGCUGACAUAUGGAGGCAUCAGUGUUUCACAUACCCAUCUUGUUUAUAUCUUUGAUAGAUGAUAAAAUGAUCGUAAGAUGUGUACUAUACAUGCCUUAGUAUUAUGUGUAUAUAUGCAGCAGCAUGUAUUUAAUUGUUUUCUCAUAAAAAUGAAUGUACCCUG